GGCAGUCAUGCGCGGACUGACCAUUUGGAAACUCGGGCACUGCCCGAGGGCCCAGGGUCAGUAGGGGGCACCAUGAGAUGCCCCUUGUACCUUUUUCAUAGGCUUUUUUGAGUUUGGGCAAAGACACAGGGGCCCCAUGAUCCCCCCAUUGCCCUGGGGCCCCAUGAGUUGUCAGUCCGCCUCUGCUGGCAGCAACAACACUUUCUAUAUCACGCUGAGAACUCUAAGUUGCUGCUUCUCUGUUGAAGCAGUAGUGUCACCUGACAUACAAUGCCCCUGGUAUCUUUUUGAUAGGCUUUUUUGAGUUUGGGCAAGGACACAGGGGCCCCAUGAUCCCCUAUUGCCCGGGGGCCCCA